AUGCAGAGACACUCACUGAAGUAUUUCAUCACGGCAUCUUCUGGAAACCCAAACAUCUCAGAGUUUAUGGGUGUUGGGAUGGUUGAUGGCGUCGAGGCGGGUUACUGUGACCUCAGAAACAGGACAUUGGAAAUAAAACAGGACUGGGCGAAGAAAAUAGUAGACAAAGACCCUCGGCAGUUACAGUAUUACACUCAUGUGUGCUUUGAGAAUCUGCCACCCUUCUUCACAGAUACAAUGUCCACUGUGAAGCAGGAUUUCAACCAAACUGGAGGUGUCCACUUUUUACAGAGGAUAGAUGGCUGUGAAUGGGAUGAAACCACUGGCAAGGUGACCGGAUUGACACGUUUUGGGUAUGAUGGAGAGGACUUUAUUGAGCUUGAUCUAAAGACACUGACAUGGAUCGCACUGAAACCAGAGGCUGUCAAUACCAAAAUAAGAUGGGAGAGAGCUGAUCUGAGAAACGCUCAAUACUUUCUCAAUGUGGUUUGUCCAACUUGGCUGAAGACAGUUUGGAACACUGCAAGAAGUUCCCUGCAGAGAAAAGGUCGAAUUGCAUGA